AUGUUGUUUUUCAGACUGUCUUGCCAACAUUUGUUACGGACUGCGUAUGGGAACAGUGUAGCAUUACCCCGACAACAGUUUGUAAAAUUGCAAUUUCACACUAGUGUGUUACGUAGUCUGAAAGAGCAGCAGAAUGUCAAAGAAACUGCAGGAUGGACGGAAAGACAAAAGAAACUGAGGUCUACAGUACAUUAUGUAGUCGCAACAGCAGUUCUUACAAUCGGAUUGAGUUAUGCGGCUGUACCAUUAUAUAGAAUGUUUUGUCAGGCUUACAGUUACGGAGGAACAACAGCCAUUGGGCAUGAUGCUGAUAAGGUUGAGAAAAUGUUGAAAGUACAAGAUCGGGUCAUUAGUGUGAGGUUCAAUGCUGACACAGCGGCCAGCAUGCGAUGGAACUUCAGGCCACAGCAGGCUGAGAUAAAGGUUGUUCCUGGAGAAACUGCUCUGGCAUUCUACACGGCAUGUAACCCAACAGACGUUCCUGUGACAGGAAUCAGUACAUACAAUGUUAUCCCAUUUGAAGCUGGACAGUAUUUCAACAAAAUCCAGUGUUUCUGUUUUGAGGAACAGUUACUGAACCCACAUGAACAAGUGGAUAUGCCAGUAUUCUUCUAUAUUGAUCCUGAAUUUGCAGAAGAUCCUAAGAUGGAGACAGUCGAUUUACUAACACUGUCAUAUACUUUCUUUGAAGCAAAGCCAGGAUUGAAAUUGCCCGUUCCAUCAUUUGUGAAGGUGAAACAGUGAUUGGCCAAGGUUGGAAUGCAGUCGAAGGUAGCACUGUGAUUUGAAAAAACAUAUGGGAUACACAAUAUUUAAAAGUGUCGGUGAUGCAGAAAUAGAAGUGGAACAACAGAUGAAAGAACUGGACAUUAAUAUUUAUUGUCAAGAGGACAAAACACUCGACUCAUGGCAUGAUGAGUACCUGAUGGUUUAUGUGGACUCUGGAAAGAGAGUUUACAAUUCAUACAUUGAUAUACCAUUAGUACUGAAGUUACAGCAUAUAUGCCAUAUAAACUUAGUUUCUAGCCACUCCUUACAGGUUAUUUCAUAUUUCUGUAUCUGGACAUUAGAUAUGCCAGGUUUUGAAAAAAUCUCUUUCAAGGGCCAACAUACCAGUUCAUGUUUGGUAAAAAUAAAUGGUGUACUGUUCAGAACUAAAACACUCAUAAAGCUUUUUUUAAUUGUUUGUCUACAAUCAGAUUUGAACAUGGAACGUUUAAAUCAGUGCAGUGAACAACGCAUCAUGGAAAACUGAAAGCCUACACCAAUGCAGCACAAAUAAUACAGCGAUAAAGUGAAUAAUAAUGCUGACAAUUACUUCUUGCUCGUUAACAGAAAGUUAUUAGACUGCUUAUGCUUCACAAAAUUACACAUUCUCUUUCAAAUAUUACUUCUACAUAAUUUGGUAUCUACUUUCAGUUGUUAUUAUGUGUUCCACAUGAAAAAUUUUAAACAUAUGGUUGAAUAAUAUAUAACUGCACAAUUUAAAUGAGUAUCUGUGCAAAUACAAGUACAAAAGAGAAAAGAGAAUCAUAUGUGAGUCAAAGUUGCAUACUGUCAGUGCAUCAAUGCUAGUGUGCUUUGCUACCAACUCAUGUACCAAUAAAUUCAUCUGUCCAAGCAAAA